GCCGGCGCGCACGUACGUAACGCUCACACGCGCGACCCCGCACCUAUUUAUACUUUCCCCAGCGCGCGACCGAUGCAGAUACAACGUCAAUCGAUCUCAUCCACGGGCAAAUACACUCGCAAUCGCAAGAUCGUAGCAGCAAGGCCGCCCUCCGACGUACGUACGUACGUACCGGAAGAAGAAUCGGCGGCGACGGAGGGGGCCGAGAGCGGAGGCGCCGGCAUCGACAUGGGCCGGAUCCCGUGCUGCGAGAAGGAGAGCGUGAAGCGCGGGCAGUGGACGCCCGAGGAGGACAACAAGCUGCGCUCCCACAUCGCGCAGAACGGCACCCGCAACUGGCGCCUCAUCCCCAAGAACGCCGGGCUGCAGCGCUGCGGCAAGAGCUGCCGCCUGCGCUGGACCAACUACCUGCGCCCCGACCUCAAGCACGGCGAGUUCACCGACGCCGAGGAGCAGACCAUCAUCAAGCUGCACUCCGUCGUCGGCAACAGGUGGUCGGUGAUCGCGGCGCAGCUGCCGGGGCGGACGGACAACGACGUGAAGAACCACUGGAACACCAAGCUGAAGAAGAAGCUGUCGGGGAUGGGCAUCGACCCCGUCACGCACAAGUCCUUCUCGCACCUCAUGGCCGAGAUCGCCACCACGCUGGCGCCCCCGCAGGUGGCGCACCUCGCCGAGGCCGCCCUCGGCUGCUUCAAGGACGAGAUGCUCCACCUGCUCACCAAGAAGCGCCCCACCGACUUCCCUUCCCCCGCAGUGCCCGACAUGUCCGCCAUGGCCAUGGGCGCGCCCUGCUUCCCAGCGCAGCCGCAGCAGCAGCAGGCCCAGGACGACACCAUCGAGCGCAUCAAGAUGGGCCUGUCCCGCGCCAUCAUGAGCGAGCCCGCCGCGGCCGCCGAGGACGACAAGCCGUGGCCGCAGCCGGGGGACAUGUCUGAGAUGUACGCCGCGUUCAACAACGCCACGCCGCACGCGCCGGAGUUCCGGUACGAAGGGACGGCCGCAGCGCCGGGGUACCUCCUGGGCGGCGACGGCGGCGACCAGGGCACGUCGAUGUGGAGCAGCCACCACAGCAUGUACAGCGGGAGCUCCGGCACCGAGGGGGCCUGCAGGCCGGCGUUGCAGGAGAAAGGGAACGACAGCGUCGGCAGCAGCGGCGGCGACGACGAGGCGGAGGAGGACUGCAAGGAGAGCGGCAAGGGGGGCUCCGACAUAUCGGGGCUGUUUGGCUCCGACUGUGUGCUCUGGGACUUGCCCGACGAGCUGACGAAUCACAUGGUGUGAAUGAAAUCCGCACGCCGGAGCACAUGAUCGGCGAAGAGCAGUUUGCCGAAGAAAAUAAAUGGUUGAGCCGAAAAACAUUCUAAUAUAUACGUAGGAGUACAAGAUUUCUGAGACUGAGAAGUCAGAAUAAACAGAGCAUUGGAAGAUCGUGUACAUUUUAUUUUUGGAAUGCAGAACAGUUGAGUGCGGGUUGCUCUUCCGGAGGGCGGAGGGCAUGAUUUUUCUUGGCCCUCUCAUUUGGUCAAA